UUAAACUAAGAAUCCGGUAUCUUGCAUCACGCGUUUUCCACAAGGCACCAAUCCACUCACUUCGUUUUCACUCACUCAUCUUUCUCUCCCUCACUCAAAAUUCUCAGAACCAGAAAAAGAAGAACCCCCAAUCUCCUUUCUUCCACUAUGCCUUCUGGCUUCUUCCUCUAACCCAUUUCAUCACAAUGAAAACGAAAUAUUAAAAAUCUCUAAUUUUCCUUCUUACCGGAUCCUUACCCAAGACUCGCUUGUGUUUGUUGCCUCCUGCUUCAGAAUUACUCAUUCCCUCAUGUUAUCAUUCCCCUCCAUUGUUUUCUAUUCUGUGUUCCUCUCUGUACCUUUUUUCUUCGUUCUUGCCCCACAAUACCGGAGUAACCGCGCCCUUUCCCACAUCUCCGCCGGCGAUAUCAGCACCCUCCCUUUCGUUCGUGGACCCGCCGCCGCCGCCGGUGGUGUUUAUACUGCUUCCGGAAUCUCUCGCUCAGGUGUCGCCACUGAUCCAAAACCCAAAAUCGCAUUCCUCUUCCUCACCAACUCGAAUCUCUCCUUCGCUCCCUUGUGGGAACAAUUCUUCCAAGGAAACCACGAUCUCUUCAACAUAUACAUCCACUCAGAUCCAUCUGUUAUCGUAAUUCCUCCUGGCGGUGUCUUCCACAACAGAUUCAUUCCGUCGAAGAAAACAUACCGCGCUUCGCCGACGCUCAUCUCCGCCGCUCGCCGUCUCCUGGCGGCCGCUCUCGUGGAUGACACGUCGAACCAAUACUUCGCUCUCGUCUCGCAGCAUUGUAUCCCGCUCCAUUCCUUUCGGUUCAUGUACCAUUACCUAUUCAAGAGCCCGUCAUCCUUAACCUCUUUGAUGACGUGGGGUUCAUCCGAGCAAUCUCGGUAUAAAAGCUUCAUCGAGAUUCUCUCCGACGAGCCCAAUCUCUUCGAACGAUACGCGGCUCGCGGCGUGAACGCGAUGCUACCGGAGGUACCGUUCGAGGAAUUCCGGGUCGGGUCUCAGUUCUUCGUGCUGACAAGACGGCACGCAGCGCUGGUGGUCAAGGAUCGGAGGCUGUGGAGGAAGUUCAGGCUUCCUUGUGUGAGCGAAGAACCGUGUUACCCAGAGGAGCACUACUUCCCGACGCUUCUGUCCAUGGAGGAUCCGGACGGGUGUGCCGGAUUCACACUGACGAGAGUAAACUGGACGGGUUGUUGGGACGGGCACCCGCACCGGUACACCCCGCUGGAGGUAUCGCCGGAGCUUGUUCACCAAUUGAGACUCUCGAACUCCAGCUAUUCAUACUUCUUCGCGAGGAAAUUCUCGCCGGAGUGUUUGCCGGUGUUGAUGGAUCUUGCUGAUGACGUCAUAUUCCGGGAUUGACAUGAGCACAUAUAAGUAGGGUUUGAAGUUUUUUUCUUUUUUUUUUUUGGGCCUAAAAGUUGGGUUUGAAGUUGAUAGAUAAAUAUAUGGGGAAAAAAGUUGAUAGAUAAAUAUCCGCAUGUAGUUAUAGUUAUAAAGUUCUGGUUCCAAUCUUCAAACUGUACUGCAGAAUGUUGGCCUAAAAAACUGUACCGUAGGAAAAAAGUUUCAGGUAAUUAAGCAAUCCCAGGGUAAUGUUUGCAUGUUUUAAAGUUUAAA